UCGGUAUCGGCUACAACUAGUGGUGAUAAGCAAACGAGGCGGAAAGUUCUUCAUAUUUGGUCAACAAUAUAUAUAUAAGCAUUAACGGAAACGGAAUUGCUGAUUAUAUAACGUGUUUCAGCAUUUCCCUUAUUAGCCGUUGCCAAUAUGAAGCUUUUUCACUCCACAGCGAAAGCUGCAACGCUGAUAUGCGUUGCACUCACUUUUGUCAAUGCAGAGCCUCCAGUUAGCUCUUAUUUGCCGCCAGCGUCGGGACCGGCUACGUCAUACAGCGCCCCACCCCAAAGUAGUUAUGCCUCAAGUGCGCCCACCGGUGGGCCGUAUGCCAGUGCACAAGGUCCGCCAAGUUCAAGCUAUGGCGCACCGCCGGGACCAGCACCACCACCACCACAGCGCCCAUCUACUUCAUACGGUCCGCCCAGCAAACCCGCCCCUAGCUAUAGCGCACCACCGUCGCCUAGCUAUGGCGCUCCACCCAGUCCACCAAGCUCUAGUUAUGGAGCUCCGCAGAAACCUCGACGUCCCGCUAAGGUGCCCGCUUCAACUUACUCUGCCCCACAGUCACCUAUAGCCUUUUAUGGACCUCCAAAACCUUCUCCACCCGCACAACCAUCACCACCAGCUUCAAGCUAUGGAGCUCCUCCAUCUCCACCAUCAUCCAGUUACGGUGCCCCUCCAUCUGCACCUUCACCCAGCUAUGGCGCCCCUCCGUCACCCCCAGCAACCAGCUAUGGAGCUCCUCCAGCACCUCCAGCAUCUAGUUAUGGUCCUCCUAAGAGUGCACCUCCAUCACCUAGCUAUGGCGCUCCACCGUCACCACCCGCUUCCAGUUAUGGUCCUCCUUCUCGGCCUGCUCCGCCUGCUCCGCCAUCUCCMAGUUAUGGUGCGCCUCCUUCACCACCAGCAUCUAGUUAUGGCCCUCCAUCGCGACCUUCACCACCAGCAACCAGUUAUGGAGCACCUCCAUCACCACCAGCAUCUAGUUACGGUCCUCCUUCUCGGCCUGCUCCGCCAUCUCCCAGUUAUGGUGCGCCUCCUUCACCACCAGCAUCUAGUUAUGGUCCUCCAUCCCGCCCUUCACCACCAGCUUCCAGUUAUGGCCCUCCAAAGAGUUCACCGCCAUCAUCCAGUUAUGGCGCUCCACCUGCACCUCCAGCUUCUAGCUAUGGUCCUCCUUCCCGACCGGCUUCACCAUCAUCGAGCUACGGAGCACCCCCAUCGCCACCAGCUUCCAGUUACGGUCCUCCAUCACGGCCUUCUCAACCAUCAUCAAGUUACGGCGCACCUCCACCACCACCAGCUUCUAGUUAUGGACCUCCUUCACGGCCUUCUCCACCAUCUUCUAGCUAUGGUGCACCGCCCUCACCACCAGCUUCUAGCUAUGGCCCUCCUUCUCGUCCCUCUCCACCAUCUUCUAGCUAUGGCGCUCCACCUGCACCUCCAGCUUCUAGUUAUGGUCCUCCUUCUCGACCGUCCCCACCAUCUUCGAGCUAUGGCGCUCCACCUGCACCUCCAGCUUCUAGUUAUGGUCCUCCUUCACGGCCGUCCCCACCAUCUUCGAGCUAUGGUGCUCCUCCUUCGCCUCCAGCUUCAAGCUAUGGCCCACCCUCUCGGCCUUCGCCGCCAGCAUCUAGUUACGGUGCACCACCAUCUCCACCAGCAUCUAGCUACGGUCCACCAAAGAGCUCACCACCUUCAUCCAGCUAUGGAGCUCCUCCAUCAGUACCUUCAUCUAGUUAUGGGGCACCAUCAGCACCUGCUCCACCAUCUAAUUCAUAUUUACCACCAUCUCCCUCGAGUUCCAAACCUUUUGCACCGUCAAAACCCGCUCCACCGUCUACAUCAUAUGGUGUUCCAACCGGAUACAGUGCACCAGCACCAGCAUCUGUUUCGGUCCCAUCGUCUAGCUACGGUGCACCUUCCACCAGUUAUGGUGCUCCGGCUCCAGCUCCAGCCCCAUCACAAAGCUAUGGGGCACCUGCACCACCAUCAGCACCCUCUUCCAGCUAUGGCGCUCCAAGUGCAGGAGGUAAUGGUGGUGGAUUUGUUCCUUCUGGCCCUUCUUCUUCAUACAGCGCGCCGCCAGAAUCAAGCCUAUCCGGUGGUAGCUACAGUGGCCCAAUAUCAGUGCCAGAAACCAUACCACAAAGUUACUCUGCCGAUGGUGGUUACAAGUAUCGCAAAUAGAUCAUCAUCACCUUGCAAAGAGACCCUGUUAAUAGAGGCAUAUAAUUUUUGGCGUAAUCCAAAUAUUUUCCUUGUCACUUUCUAAGUGAUCGGCACCAUCUCUGCCUCGACUUAAAUCACAUUUGAAAAUUAUUUAGGUUUAUAUGGGUUCCUUCCAAAAACUCAGCGUUGCCAUUUCUUCGCCUGUAAUGAAGUUAAACAUACAUACAUCUCUCAUUUCUCAUUACAAGCUCAUGUAAUUCGAUGUUCGAUUUGUUUGUAAACUAUACUCUAAGUUUCAUUUAUGUAUAUGUAUGUAUGUAUUCUUACAUACUUUCUUUCAUUUUUCAUCUUU